AACAUGCCGGCGGCCGGCACGUCCAUGAUUCUUUUUUUUCUUCUAAUUAGUAUCAAUAGUAUCUCAUAUACAUAUAUAUCAAUCGCGGCAUCACAACGGCAUCGUCGAUGCUCACGUGUGUGCUGUGCUGGUGUAUGCAGCUAACCGCUGAAUUCUGUAAACGGAAGUUCAUGCUUUACUUAAUUCAUCGAAAAUACAAAUGAUAGCUGAAUAUUAUUAUUUAUUUUUAAACGGAGCGAAUUAAAUUCAUGUCAUCUCGAUCGUAUCUCCAGUCAUCACGUGCUCUAAAUUUAACCUCAACCUCAAAUUGAACAGAGUGAUCCGGCGAUCUCUGUCGAAGUGUACAACAUUCAUAAAGAGAACUAUUGUGAGAGAUGAGGAGCGCGAUGAGCAUGGUGUUAAAAAACGUGUGGAUCGGCGAGUUUACGGCGACAUUUCGCACAUGCUACAGGAAGUACUGCACCUCGGAGACGACGCAGGUGGUACAUCCAUAUCGCAAUAUGCACCCGUGGAAGUCGGAAAAUGAGUUUACGAAUCAUUUGCUGAAGAAUGUUAUUUACAAUAAAGAUGGAAUAAUUGCAAUAAAGAAACCAUAUGGUAUACCUAUACAUAAUAUGAAGCCAAAUAUAAAAACACAACGUCAACUACUGGCAACCCAUAAAAUUGUAGGAGCAGUGGAUUAUGUUAUAGAAGACUCUUUACCAUAUCUUGCAAAGGAAUUAGAUGUACCAAUUUUAAUACCAUGCUUGGGAGCAGAAAAAUAUAUGAGUGGUGUAUAUAUCUUUGGAAUUAAUGACAAGGUGUGCCAGCAGCUAGAGCUUGCAACACGUCGAACUGUAGGCAAAUAUAGAAAAUAUUGGAUAGUCACAACCAGAGUUCCAAAUGAUAUCAAAGGAAAACAUCAUCUAGGAAUGAUAUUAAAAACAUCCGUUUUAGGAGAGAAAAAGCCUAUUAUCUUAGACAAGUGGAGUAACAAUGCGGUGAAGAGGGACGAAGUCAAGAUAUUGAAUGUAGAUUAUAAGGUCAUUUCCAAUUCGACGCAUAAUUUGAGUUCUCUAAUAGAAAUCAUAUCAUCCACGAGAAAGUGGCAUGCUAUCAGGUUGUUCGCCUCUACUAUGCUGUAUGCUCCAAUUCUCGGCGAUAAUAUUCACGGAUCGCGAAUCCAAGAGUUCAUGGGUACAUGGCUGAGAGUCGAUCCAUUCUCCGAUUCCUGUUGGGAUCCACCAAAGCUAAAUCGACAACUGCUUGAUCUGCUAGACGUGAAGCCAAGUCAGCAAGAAAUUAUUCCGACGCACGUGCACUUGAAAAGUGUGCAUUUCAUUUACGGAAAAGAAAAGAAAGAUAUAAUAAUAGAAGCAUCUUUGACGGAAUCGUUUGAUUGGACCUGCAAGCAGCUUAAGUUUAAGAUGCCAAACGAAGAGAAAAAUGAUGUUGCAGCUAAUCAAGAAGAGUUAGCUUGUGUGUAAGUUAAACUAAGUUUUAAAUUGGUCUACAUUGGUGCAAACGGGCACAAAUGUUAUAAUUGUAAUAAAAAGAUUUAUUAAAUCGAUAA